UCUUCAGUAAAUCAAACAUCCCAAACAACUAACAACGUUAAUACAUACUUCGUAUACUACAAAUUUUUGAGGUGUUACGUAUUUUUUUGUCAUCUAUUGUGAAACGUUAAGAUGACAAAAAGAUGGUCCGUCAUCCUCAAAAUAUUAGCUUACGUUAUGAUCACUAGUUUCAUAUUGCACAUAGUUUGUAAAAUCAAUACUGCAAUGGCUCAACCAGCACCUCCCCCGGGGACCGAAGAAACAACAACGAGAAAGACACUAAGGAUCGCGGUUCCAGGUGAGAAAGGGUUAAGUUCCGCGUUCAUCAGCUUUCGUCGUGAUCCCACUAAUGGUGAGACACACUUUGAUGGGUUUUCCAUCGAAAUGUUCAAGACUGUGAUGAAUAAGGCCAUGCCCUACCAAGUUUCGUAUGAACUUGUUCCCUAUACUAAACCAGAUGGCACCAUGAAUGGCACGUACGAUGAUAUGCUAAGAGCAGUGUCUAAUGGGGAUUAUGAUGCAGCAGUAGGGGAUAUCACAAUAAGGUUUUACAGGACAACGUGGGUUGAUUUUACCAUGCCAUACUCGGAGACCGGGGUGUCGAUGUUGGUUCCGGUGUUACAACACCAGCUUCGACAAGGCGGCUCCUUUCUCUCACAACUUCCUCCGGCUUUGGCGUGGUCUGCCUUCGCCUUUUGCCUUCCGGCCGCCUUUUUCUUUUACGUUUUGGACUACCGUCAACAACAUAGUGAUAAACAACGUACGAGGCUAGUGAUAGUGCUAUGCUUUCUUGUAUUGAUGCUCAUGAUUACAUGUUUUACGGCAAUGUUGAUCGCAUUGCACACCGGAAAACGGCAAACUCCGAUAAUCGAUCAACGAAUGGAUGAUUUUAGAAAGAAAGGGAGAAAUGUGGGUUGUUUAGAUGGAUCUUUUGUUUAUGGUUUGUUAACUCAAAGAGGCUUUUCUCCAUCACAAAUAAAGAACUAUUCGAGUUCGGAAGAACUUGUAAGCCUGUUCUCUAAGGGUGGUAUUGAUGCUGCUAUUGAUGAAACACCGUUUCUUAAGAUAUUUCUUGCACAAUAUUGCAAUGACUACACCCUUGUGCCUUCCGCUACUUUGCAUGGUGAUGGAUUUGGCUUUGCUUUCCGUACAGGACAAGCUUCACUAGUACAUGAUGUAUCCGCUGCAAUAUUGAAGGUGACAAACAAUGUUGAACAACUGCGUAAUAUUACAGAUAAAACACUUGGUGAUCUUGAUCGACUUGAUGCUUGCCAAGCAAAUCUAAUUAUCGACUACGAUACUCUUUUCCAAUGGAAACCGAUUUUGCACAUCUUAAUCGCCGGUGUCACGGGUGUUGUGGCUAUCAUGUUCAUCCUGUGUUUGGUUUAUGCCAACAUCUUUUAGUAUGAAUGAAUUGGCAUAGAGCCAGAGACGAACCUACAUUAGGGCCCAAAAUCACGAAUGCUUGUCGUUGUAAUAUAUUUCGUACAAAGUAGUACAUGUUGUAGUACAAGUUAAUAUUUUUAAAACCGAGUUUGCUUAAAGUAACAAGUUCGAGUUGCAUCAUCAACGUUAUGCUUGGA